CAGACAAACAAACACAGAAACACACGCGUACUUUGCAGCGUACACACGUGUGCGAAAUGCAUCUGGUAUCGGUGUUGGUCGAGGAUGGGAAGACUUUCGGCAUUGUUUUCGCGGAAAAAGUUAACCUCCGCCAAAACGCGCCUACUCGUGGAUCAGCUUAAAACGUCCUGUGGAGUAUUUUUGGACCCAACUAUUCGCUCGCCCAACAUCCAAGAAGCGAGAGCGUUGAAGAUUCUACGGCAAAUCGUCACCCGGUCUCAGCGCCACAUCGUCCAGUACAUACCAGAACGGGAUGCCAUUCUCGAGUGCUCGCUCAUUUUGGUGCAGAACUAUGUGGCCCAUCUGCGGUUACGACCGAGCCCGUUGAAACGGUUCCGCCAGGAGCCAUUUGCUGACGCGAAGGUGCUCUUCCAGGCAGCCAUCGAUCUGCUCGUGCCGGAGAUGCUGGACGAGGUGAUCGACACGACGCUGAAGUUUCUGCAGACGGAAAACCUCUGGCAGGUGGAGUUUAUCUGCGUAGAGAUAUUGAUGUUCGUGCUCGAGUGUCGUUCGCCAUCGGCCCCGCUGCUGUCGAAGCUGAUCGAUCGGAUCGAACGCUUCCUGGCGCUCUCGGACAUCGGCCAGGUACGGCACAUGCUGUCCGUGCUGCAGAUUGUGAUCGUGUCGCAGCGCUGGGAUCUGAUGGAAUACUCCGAGCUGUCCAAGCUGGUGCGCUUCUACCACAGCAGCGUCAUGAUCGGUACCAGCCGCAACCAGAUCUACGAGCUACGGCGUGGUUUCGAGAAGUGUUUGAAGAACCUCAUACCCCGCCUCUCCAUUGGCGAUCUGUACUCAUUCUUCGUCAUGAUGCUGCCGCUCGUGUUCGACACCGACAUGUCGGACGAGGCGCGGAUCGAGUUCGGUUCCACGGUGGAGCAUGCCGCCUCCACAAUGACUGUGUACGACCCGCGCAAUCGAAUGCAUACGGCCCAGGUGAGCACGUUCAUCGUGGAGUACCUGCUACGAUGCAUCGCUUCCAAAGACCCGACACGCUCCAUUCUGGCCUGCAAGGUGCUGACGAAGCUGCUCGAACGGGGACAGCACAACCCGAACCAGUUCCAGUCGCCCACCAUCUUUCACAUGGACACGUACUACGAAAUUGUGCUGGCGACCGAUUUCGCCCCGCUGCAGGAGCUGCUCGUCGAGCAACGCGUCCAUCUGGAGCAAGCCCUGCUGCAGGCGAUAGAGCGCCACAGCCAACGGAAGAUGAACGUGGAGGUGUUCUACCAGCUGCUCUGCACGCUGCUCGUCGAGGCACCGAGUGGAUUCACUGCGUCCGCUGUCAGCUGUUUGCUGCUGAAGGUUCAGAAAAUGUUUCUCAACUAUCCUACCGAUCCCGAUUCGUCGAUGCUCGCUGAUCAGCAGCAGCAACAGCACAACAAUCGAAUUCACACCACGAUAAUGGCGGUGAUGACACUGAUCAAUUGGAUCCAUCGGUCGGGAUCGAUGAACGCGUACAUUACGCAGGUCCUACACAAUCGUUUCGACCACGCUCCGAGUCUUAAUCCGCCGCUGCGGGAGCGCUAUCGAUACGCGCCGCACCACGUGUCCUGGUACGAGCGUAGGCUCUUCUUUGACUCGCUCGAGAUUCGGUACUGUCUGUGGAAGUGUUUCCGCAUCUCGGAGGAGAAAAUACCGAAACCGGCCCGGAUGCGCACUCGGUCGUACAAUGAUCCACGACGACGGCUGGACGGGGGAACGUUGAAUGUGUUUGCUGGCAUGUGAAGAAUGUGAUGUUUGUGACAAAAUCAUAUACAAAAAAUGGCAAAUUCACUGUUACAAAUUCCUAUACAAAUAUGUUUGCAUACCUUACUUUAAUACACAUUUAUCUAUGAAACAGAGUAAAAUAGCGAAUGAUAAACCCAAAGCUCAUAAUGCCUCUAGUACACGAGGCAGGCCACAAUGUGCUACACACUGCACAGCCCCAUUGUUGGUAGUGCAUAACAUGUGCCGUAAAGUAACCGCACAGGAAUCGCCAAAAAGCGGUAUCGUUCCAAUAAACAACAACCACCAACAGAACACCACCGUUAAGCCGGUUGUGUUAUGUUGGAGCAAGUGCAACCCUUGCCACAUCGGACAAAUGAAGCGAAGCUUGUGAAGAGAUUAAAAAUCCCAUCAAUUCCAGCCAGCUCUGGGCACGAAAAUUGUAAAGCCCCGCGGAACUUCAACCGACUGGGACGCACGAAACAGCACAAAACAAUGCGCCCGAAACGACGACAUGGAAAAUGGGCCCACCCGAUGAUUCCAGUGAUCCAGAUCAAACCCGAAGCGUUUGUCCAUCCCGAAUGGUGCAGUGCCAAUAAUUGAAUCGAACGAACUCGACCAAAUCCCAGCUGCACGUUACACGAUGCGCUGCUUUAAAGGUGUAGUUUCAGUUUGAAUAAUUUAAAGUAAUAUCUCGGUAGUGGCGGCCGCCGGUUCUGCCCGUUUCUGCUCGCUGCAAGCAAUCGACACAUCGGUCGGGGUGUGUUAAUAAUUCACAGUAAUGCGAUCUGAUAUGAUGUUACGGCCGAACCGGUCUCCCGCUCGAACCGUUGAUCGAUGAUUGAUUGUCGAAGGAAGGAGAAGCAUUUUCACCCCACCAAAGGAAAACUAUCCGGCGAUACUGGCUGCACUGCGAUCUGAUUGCUAGCCGUUGGAACGUAACGAAUUACAAAAGUUUUCCCCGGCUGGGAAUGCAACCGUCUUCGAACCGUCACGCCGUUCCAUAUCAUCUCAUACAGCAAAACAGUAAUGCUUCAUCCGUGCAAAAGAAGCGACCCGGACAGGGAAAGAGCGGAGCGAACAGAGUGAGCAUAAGAUGCUACGAAGAAUAAAUGUGAAAGCUGGUGGCUAGUAACCGUCUGCAAGCGGGAAUCGUCUUCCCGGCACUCAAAACGUUGCCAACGGUAAAGACGCACAUGGGUUGGCAAUGGAAACCUCCGAAUGCGACCGGUCGGUGCGCACUGCAAUGAGCAUAAAUCAAUCAGUGUAUGAAUAUUUUAGUACAAAUUCAUCGGCCCGGGCGGUGUGCGGUUGUCGUGCCGUGCAAGGCCCAGGUGCUCGGUACUGUUGUACUGUUUGUUCUGCCUUUCGUUAGGAUGCCCUGGCACUCAUUGCCAAUGGCCUCGUUCCGCGUGGAAAGCGAACCAGUUGCCGGCGUUCAAUGGUGGCGUUCGUUUCUAGCGGUCCUGUGUUAGUGAAACGAUAUUGUUAUUGAAGCGUUAUUAAGAACAAAUUGGCAGUUACUAACUCACUGUA